AUGGUUCCAAGUUCCGGUUCAGCAUCUGGCAGAAGCCGGGAUGUUGAAAACAGAACCAAGAGGCACCUCCUGCUUCUCUCUGAUGACGCUUCCCUUUUCCCAGCCACACCGGUGUCGUGUUAUUUUCUGCAAAGUAACCUCUGUGAUGUUUCUCAUAGCAACAAGGAUAUUCCUGCCUCUAAUUUCACGAUUCAUGAAGUCCACUGCAGCAGAUUUCUUGCAGCGUGCCAGUACUGCGAGGUUUACAUCCCAAUUUCGGAAAUGAAGAACCAUUUUGCAUCUGAGCACGUGGAGGUUACCUGCGAGUGUGGGAUGAAGAUGGAAAAACGACACUUGGAGGACCACAAGGUUGGUGAACAUCUAUUGAUGUUAGGAGAUGUUUUGAAGCUACUCGAUGGCAUUUCCAAGCACCGAUUCCAGAGCCUUUCUGUCAGCCAGGAGCCGGACUGCAAAUUAAUAAUCCCUCGUUCUAUUUUCCAGGCGUUUGUGUGCCUUCUGCGACUUGUCCUCUGCCCUUACUGCGAAAUACAGCUGCCUUUGAGAGCCAUGGUUGACCAUGAACUUUACUGCAGCACACGGACGGAGGAAUGCGAAAACUGCCACCGCUACAUACUGGUGCGAGACCUGAAAGAACAUCCUCGGGUCUGCGGGCUAGUGGGGGUACAAACCCGAGGAAGUGCACCGUCUGACUUUGAGGAUGAGGAUGCACAUUUGCAAGACCUCCGGCACAGUGGAAGAGAAUCAGGAACAGAUGACGAGCCCGUCACCCUGCCGUGUCAAAGUUGUGGCUUGCGGUACCCUAUCUAUGAGCGGAUGGAUCACGAGCUCGUCUGUGUGCUGCGCCCAGCAGCUGAGGACUCCAUGCCUCCUAAAGCCAAGAGGCAGAGACAAGAAUCAGCAGAGCCACCCUGGACACGAAGCAAGUGCCAAGGUCGCUGCAUGAAGAAGGAGCCUGGACCUCCUGCAGAAGAGGCCCAGCUGCCGAGGAGACCAAGGAAAACGGCAACCGGCAGGAAUGCACAGCUGCCCGCUCCCACCUCACGAGGGAAGGCCAGGAAGAAGGCGGCCGGCAAGAGGGGCAGAGCGAGGAAGAGAGGGGCCUGUGAACGUGCAGGUGCGUCACCAUCCCCUCAGAGGCCUGCCAAGUGCUCCCGCUCGGAACCCUUCACGUCCGGCCCAUCGAGAUAUUCUCCGAGCCAGCCAAGCACCAGCAGCGAAGGAGAAAGCAGCCUCAGGACACAGCACACGGGCUGCUCCAUGCAGCUGCAGGCGCCGGAUCCAGAGGUGAGGCAGCCAGUGCAGAGCAGAGCAGAGCGCGUGGCGUCGCUCCCGUGUCGGGUGCGCUGCAGGACGCCUCCGUUGCGGAGCGCUUGGUGGGCAGCGCUGGGCUCUGCUGGUGCACGGGCGGCAUGA